AUGGACUCCCAAAUCGAGUCAGCCAUCGAACUCGCCUUCCACCCAACCACCGACCAGAACGUCAAAGGCCAAGCCUACGACUUCCUCAACCGCCUGCGCGCCGAUGACCAAGGCUGGCACGCCUGCCUCACCCUCUUCACCCGCCCGCAGUCGUCCUCCGAGGUCGUCCGCUUGGUCUCCCUCGAGAUUGUCAAUAAUGCCGUGCAGACGCAGAACCUCGAUAACUACAGCCUCGGGUUCGUGAAAGAGAGCUUGAUGCAGUAUGUGCAGGCACGGUAUGCGACGGGGAGUGCGGAGACGGAUAGUGCGGCGAUUCAGAACAAGUUGACGCAGACGUUGACGUAUCUUUUCACAGCGCUGUAUGCGGAGCAGUGGACAAGCUUCUUCGACGAAUUUCGGGCUCUGGCAGGGUCGGGGCAGGAGAUUGGGACGACGAAUCCGCCGGCUACCAUGUUGUAUCUGCGGAUCGUGGGCAGUGUGCAUGAUGAGAUUGCAGAUGUCAUGAUACCGCGCACCCAAGAGGAGUUGAGGAAGAGUGGUGAGCUGAAGGACUUGAUUCGCACGAGGGAUGUGAGCAAGAUCGCAGUCACGUGGCAAGAGAUUCUGUCGAGGUGGCGGCAGGUCGAUCUGAGCAUCGUGGAGCUGUGCUUGAGGACGAUUGCGAAAUGGGUGAGCUGGAUAGAUAUUUCGAUCGUGAUUGAUCAGAGUAUUCAGAACGCCCUGUUGGAGUUGGCAGGGCAGCAGGGGAGGUUCAACGCGGAGAGUAAGGAGGCGAGGGCGAGGGAUGCGGCGAUUGAUACGUUCACUGAGACGGUGGGGAAAAAGAUGGCGGCGAGGGACAAGGUUGAGUUGAUUCGGUAUCUUAACCUCGAGGGCAUUGUGGGACAGCUCAUCGGCAGCCCUGCGCUCUCCGAGUUGCGGACCACAUCCCACUACGACACCGACCUGGCCGAGACUGUGGCGAAGCUUGUCAACAUGGUCAUCUUCGACAUUGUCAGAGUGCUCGAUACCGAUCGUGUAGACGAGCAGACGCAGGCGAGAGCAAACGAGCUGCUGCGGACUUUCGUGCCAUACCUGCUUCGCUUUUUCAGCGAUGAAUAUGAUGAGAUCUGCUCAGCAGUCAUUCCGUCGCUGACAGACUUGCUCACGAUGUUCCGGAAGAAGACCAGAUCCACGAAUGGCCUUAUCCCGGAGUACUCGGAAAUGCUACGGCCGAUCUUAGACGCCAUCGUGGCAAAGAUGAAGUAUGACGAGACUGCAUCUUGGGGUGAAGAAGACGAAGGGACCGACGAAGCUGAGUUCCAGGAGCUGCGGAAACGCCUCUACGUGCUACAGCAGACUGUUGCGGCGGUCGAUGAGCAUUUAUACAUCAACGUGCUUACGGAGGUCAUCGCUUCUACACUGUCACGGCUGGACUCCGCCAAUGCCAAGCCCAACUGGCGAGAUCUCGACCUCGCACUGCACGAGAUGUACCUCUUUGGCGAAUUAGCUGUCAAGAAUGGUGGGUUAUACCAGAAGAGCAACCCGAAUUCUGAGGCUUCCCAGCGAUUACUUGAUAUGGUGGGUAAGAUGGUCGAGUCGGACCUCGCGAACCAUCCUCAUCCGGCGAUCCAGCUACAGUACAUGGAGAUCUGCGUACGUUACGUUCAGUACUUUGAGCACAACCCCGCAAGCAUUCCGAAGGUGCUGGAAACAUUCGUCAACUUCGUCCACAGCACACAUCCCAAGGUGCGGCUGAGGUCAUGGUACUUAUUCCAGCGAUUUGUCAGGCAUCUGAGAGGGCAGCUUGGCAAUGUCGCUUCGAACGUGGUGCAGGCUGUAGGAGACCUGCUGGUCGUUAAGGCUGAGGUGUCGGAGGACAACGAUGAAGAUGAUGCUUCGUCUGAGGACAAUGCGAAGUCUGCCGAUGCUGCGUUCCAGUCCCAGCUUUAUCUGUUCGAGGCAGUGGGCUGCGUUGCCAGUACUGGUGCAGUACCGCUGGACACCAAGGUCAAUAUUGCGAAGUCGGUGGUUGAUCCACUGUCAUCGGACAUUCAUCAACAUUUGCAGACGGCGAAGAAUGGCGAUGCGCGAUCAAUGCUGCAGGUCCAUCACCUCAUCAUGGCUUUGGGAACACUCGCCAAUGGCUUCUCAGACUGGACGCCGGGCUCAACAUCUGGCGGACCGCCUGCGAACGAGGUCUCCAUGCCGUUCGCUCAGGCGAGUGAGACUGUCGUGCUAGCACUUGAAGGUCUCAAGCAAUCCACCGACAUUCGAACUGCCGCCCGACAUGCCUUCUCCCGCCUCUUGGGUGUCCUGGGCUCACACAUCCUGCCGCAACUUCCGCGCUGGAUCGACGGCCUUCUCAGCUCCGCUUCCAGCAAUGACGAAAUGGCGAUGUUCCUUCGCACGCUUGCUCAAGUUGUCUACGGCUUCAAAGCAGAAAUAUACUCCAUCCUCGAUACCCUCCUCUCACCCCUGCUGCAGCGCGUCUUCGCCGGCCUCGCCACACCCACCGCAGGCACCGACGACGAGAUCCAGCUCCGCGAGCUCAAACAACAAUACCUCAACUUCAUCCUCGUCAUCCUCAACAACGACCUCGGCUCCGUGCUCGUCAGCCCAGCCAACCAAGCCAUCUUCGAUUCCUUCAUCACGACGGUAACCCGCUUCGCCGUCGACCCCUCCGACCCGCAAUCCGCCCGCCUCUCUUUCUCAGCCCUAAACCGCAUGACCAUAAUAUGGGGCGGUCCCGACGUCCCCCUUCACUCACCCACUCCUCCUGCCCCAGCUCUUCCGGGCUUCGACAGCUUCAUCCUCUCGCACUUUGCGCCUUUGCCGUGGACGUUGCUGUCGGCGCCGGGAUUCUAUGCGGGGGAUGCACAGAUGAGGAGUGUGAUCCAGGAGGCUGCGGGACUGCAGUGGACGGUGUUGAGGAAGGUUGGAGAGCGGUAUCGGGGGCAGUUGGAGGGUGAGUUGCGGCAGUUGGGGGCGGGUGAGGAGGGGGUAGCAGGGUUUAUGGAGAAGAUUGGCGGAGAGGGGCAGGCGUUUAGGAAGUUCUUCGUGGGCUUUGUGCAGGGCGGGAAGAGAUGA